AUGAAGCUUGCACACAUUCCUGGUGCUCUUUUCUUUGAUGUAUAUGGGAUAUCUGAUCGCACUACUAAUCUGCCACACAUGUUGCCACCUGAAGAAGCAUUUGCUGCUGCUGUUUCUGCUCUUGGGGAUCUUCAGUGUUGCUCGUGUCUGGUGAAACCUGAGAGAAGGUUGUUAAUAUCUGUCCAUGCUGAAGGAGCAUUGAAGAUUGAAACAAGAAGAGCAGAGCUUGAGACGAAUCUAUCAACAAAUCUUUUUAGAUGGAGACAAGAACUGGAGGCAAUUCAACAGUCAACAUUCUUGUACAUUAGUUACAAUUUCAAGUUCAAGCUGGCUGGCUGGUUGGGAGUUGAGGAGAUUGGUUUGUACAAUUUCAAACCAAGUGUACGACCUGUGCCUCUUGAAGACACUGAUCAGAAUCUUAGUCACACUCUACAAUUCGGUUUCGGAUUACAUCAUGUAGGAUUAAACAACAAAGAUAGAUCUUUUGUUGAGGAAAUUUUUGCAAACAACAAGAUUCAGGUGAUGGCAAUCAAUGAGUCAUCGAGGCUGUGUGCUUCAAUUACAACGAAAAAUGUUCAUCACAUUCUUCCCCCUUCUACUUCUGACAACUUUUGUGCUAUGAAAAGGAAGAUGAACGCCAACUUCUUGUAA